AUGGCCUCUUCCGAAUCUCGCGGUUCACCUCCUCAGCGAAGCGGCAGCAUUCCAGUCAUCACCUUCCAGGAAGAACCCAUGAGAACAUGUGGUGAUCGACCGUCCCCUGUGAGCCAAACCGGUCAGUCGGCAAUCGAAGGGUCCUCCAACAUGAGCGAGGCUUAUCCCAUGGACAAGCUUUUGGCAAGACUGUCGGAACAGCAAGCCGUGCUCAGCCAGCAGAACGAGGCACUCAAAUCCGGAGAUGACGAUGGAAACAUGUGCCAGCGACUCCCUGGACACACAUCCUCCAGCAAUUCCCUCCCAAUCACACCGGCCACGGAGGGUUUCUCGUCUACUGCACCAAGCACCCGCCCAGCCAGUGCUACUCUCGAGGAAGGUCGCGCCGACUCUGACGAAGUCCUUCGCUUAAAGCUUCAGUUGGCACAGGCGCAGAACAAAAUAUCCAAGUUGGAUCAAGAAUUGUCCAUCCGCACAAUCAAGGCUGAACCGGAUCUGCAAGCGAUCAACACAGCUCGAGGCAUGGGCACAGCCGCUCGUGACAGUGCCUGGAUGGCAAUGGAUGACGAUCAUUCAGAUACCAGCGAAGCCAUGUCUACCACUACCUUCGCUCGCACUAAGGGCAUUUGGGGAACCACCAAAGGGUCAUUUGCUGGUGGCGCUCUUCAAGGAGCCGCAGCUGAGCCACAGCCAGGAACCUGGCUGGGAGGACGAGGCUUCAACCAGAGCUUCACUGACACGAGUUCGUCCUAUCCCACGAUGGAAGGAUAUCGUGGGGAUCGCCUUAGCCCCGAUCCAGAUCUUGUGAUGCGCCAGUCCGUCACCAGGCGAUCAAACCGGUACGAUCAUCGCGCCACCAACUCCCACCACUUCAGCAAUAUUGGUUACAGCCAUUUGAAUGGACCAAUGGCUCAAUUUGAAGCAAUGGGAGGCCCGAUGGGCUCUGCAAACAUGCACCCGCCCCCUGGACUGGGUGCCAUGGGCAUGGGGGGUUAUGCUGGGUAUCAGCAACAGCCCGUCGGAACUCCGCUGUCUCCUCAUGCGUCCGAAUUUACAUCCAAGACCCACUGGAAGAACGAAGGGCUUCCAACCGAGGGCCCAACCUAUUUGCCCCCAACUGAACCUCUUAACUAUCGUCGUCUUCUCGAUCGUAAUGUGACGUGCAAUUGGAAAUACAUAGUCGAUAAGAUUGUGUGCAAUAAUGAUCAGCAAGCCUCCAUAUUCUUACAGCAAAAGCUAAAAGUUGGCACACCGGACCAGAAAUACGACAUUGUUGAGGCCAUUGUGGCCCAGGCUUAUCCUCUGAUGGUAAACAGAUUUGGCAAUUUCUUAGUUCAGAGAUGCUUUGAGCACGGAACCCCUGAGCAGGUGAUUAAGAUUGCCCAGGCUAUCCGUGGCAAUACUCUCAACUUGUCCAUGGACCCCUUUGGGUGUCAUGUCGUUCAAAAGGCAUUUGAUUCGGUCCCCGAAGAGUACAAGGCAAUCAUGGUCCACGAGCUUCUCCGCCGCAUCCCUGAAACAGUUAUACAUCGAUAUGCUUGUCAUGUAUGGCAGAAGCUCUUUGAGCUUCGAUGGACUGAAUCUCCACCUCAAAUCAUGAAAUACGUUAAUGAAGCUUUGCGCGGAAUGUGGCACGAAGUAGCUCUGGGGGAAACUGGUAGCUUGGUUGUUCAAAAUAUCUUUGAGAAUUGUUUGGAGGAAGACAAGCGUCCCUGCAUCGAGGAAGUCCUUGCCAACAUCGACAUUGUUGCGCAUGGGCAAUUCGGAAACUGGUGCAUCCAGCACAUCUGCGAGCACGGCGCGCCACCGGACCGUGGUAGGGCUGUUGACCACGUCAUUCGUUACGCUGCCGAGUAUAGCACUGAUCAAUUUGCUUCCAAGGUGGUGGAGAAGUGCUUGAAGAUUGGGAACAGUGAGUUCUUGGGUCGUUAUCUGGACCGUGUCUGUGAAGGGCGCUUGGACCGGACUCGCAUCCCGCUGAUUGACAUUGCGAGUGACCAGUAUGGCAAUUAUCUUGUGCAAUGGAUUCUUAACAAUGCUACACCUCAGCACCGCGAGAUGGUGGCGGCCCACAUUCGAAAGCAUAUGGUUUCUCUCCGGGGCUCCAAGUUUGGAUCCCGAGUUGGCAUGCUUUGCACCAAUCACGCCGUCACUACGCGGCCCGGGCCUGGAGUUGGGCCUGGUAUGGGUGGUCGUAUGGGUCCUGGGCCACGAUUUGCAGGGGCAUAUCGUUAG